UUUUGUCUCUCUUCCUUAGUUAAGAACAAAAAAAGGAGAGACCUUUAACGAUUUUCUGAGGGUAAGAUCCAGAGAUUGAUUGAAUCAGCUUAAUAUUUUUUAUAAAUUCAGUUGAUUGUUACUCAGACUUGUAACUAGGACCGUCUUCUCAUGAAUCAUGACUUCUUCAGUACAUGAGCUCUCUGAUAACAAUGAAAGUCAUGGGAAGAAAGAACGUCCAGAUUCCCAAACAAGACCACAGAUUCCUUCAGGACGAAGUUCGGAAUCUAUUGAUACAACAAACUCUGUCUACUCAGAGCCCAUGGCACAUGGGCUAUACCCGUAUCCAGAUCCUUACUACAGAAGCAUCUUUUCACAGCAAGCAUAUCUUCCACAUCCCUAUCCUGGGGUCCAAUUGCAGUUAAUGGGAAUGCAACAGCCAGGAGUUCCAUUGCAAUGCGAUGCAGUCGAGGAACCUGUUUUUGUUAACGCAAAGCAAUACCACGGUAUACUCAGGCGCAGGCAAUCCCGGGCAAAACUUGAGGCACGAAACAGAGCCAUCAAGGCAAAGAAGCCAUACAUGCAUGAAUCUCGGCAUUUACAUGCGAUAAGACGGCCAAGAGGAUGUGGCGGACGGUUUCUCAAUGCCAAGAAGAAAAAUGGAGACCACAAGGAGGAAGAGGAGGAGACA